GCGCGCCUGCGCGCCUCCCCUCUCACAUUUCCACGUCUCCUUGGAAAGGGUUUUUGCAAGGCGAGUGGCUACUUGUGGAAAAGUGCUACAGGAGGGAGGGAGGGAGGAGAGUUCUGAGGAAGGAAAGGCGGCGGUGGGGGAAAGGGAGCGACACACGACCCGGGCGCCUUCCGUCCUUUCCUCCCUUCCCCUCCCUUUCCUUCCCGGGCCAGCCACUCAGUCUCUCCGAGGUACAGGCAGAGGGCGCUUUAGCCAUGCCCGCCCCCUGCAGUUGCUGCUGCUGCUGCUGCCUCCGGUGCUCGUACUCAGCUCCACGCGCUGGAGAGGCUCCGGUUCCCUGGCCCCUGCUGUUGCCGCUGCCACUGACAGACAGCCGGAGAAGCGAGGAGGAGACCGAGCCACCCUACUGCCCCGCACCAGCUUCGUGCAUCCUUGGCAUAUAGCCCCCUGCGGGAGCUGGUACUGAAGAGGAAACCUCUCCCUCCACGCUCCUCCAAUUGGCUCGGGAGUUGCUUCGACCCCCCUUUGCUCCUGGGGGAGCCCGGUUCGGAUGUCCGGUUUCCUGGUGCCCUCUUUCUUUUUAACCUGACGGACCCCACGGAGCUUCGGGAGAAGGAGGACUGCUACCAGCCCACUAGCAAGCAAGCGCCGGGGCCAGUGGAGAGGAGGGGAGGGGAAUCGCUGCACCUUCCUUUUCUCCAUCCCGGAGAAGUUGGUGCUUCAGUGCUGCCAAGAGAGAGGGACUCGAACGGGGAGCCGCACCGCGUUGCUCGCGCGCUGUCUUCAGGGCUUCCACCUCCCCACCCCGCGGUCGCUCCCUGCCGCCCUUUGCACAAUGCACUUGCUGGGAUUAUUCUCUCUGGGUUGCUAUCUGGCUGCUGCUGCGGUGGUGCUGCUGGGAGCUCGUGAGCCUGCAACAGCCGCUGCCUAUGAAUCCGGGCAGGGCUACUAUGAGGAGGAGCCCGAUCUGGGGGAGGCGAAGCAGACUCAUGCAAGUAAAGAAUUGGAAGAACAGUUGCGGUCUGUUUCCAGUGUCGAUGAACUCAUGACAGUACUUUAUCCAGAAUACUGGAAAAUGUUCAAAUGUCAGUUGAGAAAAGGGAGCUGGCAACAUAAUAGGGAACAACCCAGCUUCGAUGCAAGAUCAGAGGAUUCAAAUCCAAUAAAAUUUGCUGCAGUACAUUACAAUGCAGAGAUCUUGAAAAGUAUUGAUAAUGAGUGGAGAAAAACUCAAUGCAUGCCACGUGAGGUAUGUGUAGAUGUGGGGAAGGAAUCUGGAGCAACAACAAACAUCUUCUUUAAACCUCCAUGUGUGUCCAUCUACAGAUGUGGAGGUUGCUGCAAUAGUGAAGGGCUGCAGUGCAUGAAUAUCAGCACAAGCUACAUCAGCAAAACGUUGUUUGAAAUAACCGUACCACUGUCUCAUGGCCCGAAACCUGUAACAAUCAGUUUCGCCAACCAUACAUCCUGCCGAUGCAUGUCCAAACUGGAUGUCUACAGACAAGUUCAUUCCAUCAUUAGACGUUCCUUGCCGGUGACACAAUCACAGUGUCAUGUGGCAAACAAAACUUGUCCAAGAAAUCAUAUUUGGAAUAAUCACAUUUGCAGAUGUCUCGCACACCACGACUUCAGUUUCUCUUCUUAUCCUGGGGAUAUUGACACAACUGAAGGAUACCAUGACAUCUGUGGACCUAAUAAGGAGCUUGAUGAAGAAACCUGUCAGUGUGUCUGCAAAGGGGGAGUAAGGCCUUCCAGCUGUGGACUCCACAAAGAAUUAGACAGAACAUCAUGCCAAUGUACAUGUAAAAAUAAACUGCUGCCUAGUUCAUGUGGACCCAACAAGAAUUUUGAUGAAGAAAAGUGCCAAUGUGUAUGUAAAAGAACAUGUCCUAAACAUCAGCCACUAAAUCCUGCAAAGUGCAUUUGUGAAUGUGUAGAAUCACCAAACAAAUGUUUCUUGAAAGGAAAAAGAUUUCACUACCAGACAUGCAGUUGCUACAGACCACCAUGUACAGUUCGAACGAAACGCUGUGAUCCUGGAUAUUAUUACAGUGAAGAGGUGUGUCGUUGUGUACCCACAUAUUGGAAAAGACCACUUAUCAAUUAGAGAAGAUACCAUCUGACAAUUUGGUGUACAUUUUUCCUGUUUAUUAUUUUAAGACUGCUAAUAUUUUGGAUUUACUGUGCAGAAGAUCCAAAAUCCUAAUUAUAGGAUUACCAGAAGCAGACUUACUUGUGCUCUGAGACACAUGGAAAGCAAAACUAGAGAAAACUGGGAUAUUUUUCAUUAUAAAGAACUCACUGAGGACUUGAUUUGCCAAUGACCAAACAGCCUAGGUGUUCUUCCUUGUGAUUUUUUUAAAAAAGAUAAUAACUAUAUAAUUUAUUUCCAUUAAAAAUAUUGUACUGCAUUCUUGUUUAUAGCAGUAACAAUUGUUAAAUCUCACUGUGAUCAAUAUUUUUAUAUCGUGCAAAGUAUGUUUUAAAUAAAAUGAAAUUGUAUUAUAUGCUUUUGAAGUGUUUGAUGCUGUUCAGAGUUAUAUCCUGUUACGUAAUCUAUAUAGCAGCAAUUCAUAAAAAUGGUAAUUGAAAGUAUCAUUCUGGGAUCCUGAACUAAGUUUCCUAUCUAAUAAAAAUAAAUAAUUAGCUAAUCAGAAGAAUACCUAAGGGAACAAUAUAUAUUGAUGUUAUUCAGCAUAUAAAGAAAUUAAGACUGUGGCCAAUAAAGCAAUUUAGCCUUACGCUAGACAGGAUGCAUAUGCCAUUGUCAUUGCCUCUAAGAACAAAAUUACUGGCCCUGGUGUGACAGGCCAAAUACACACACAAUGGACUCUGGCAGUGCAGAAUGGUAGUUUUAAAACAUCACAACCACACCCCUUCCAAAGAGGGCUAUACCUGUGCAAUCCACUCCUGUAGGAGCAGAACAUGUAACAUUUAAGAGCCCUGACAAUGAUGAAAGCAAAGAGAAAAUGGGUCAGUUUCUUUCCACAUACAAGCGCAUACUUCAACAAGAAAAACAUAACUCGGAGUCUAAGAGGAAGGAAUGUACUUAGUUCCCCGCUCCACUAUCCCAGCAGCCAAUCCUAAAAUCUUCCCCCUCCUUUUCUACAGCAGAUGCAAUUACACAAGUCACUGCACAUCCUCCACUGAACUAACGUACCAUGGGAAGGAAGGUGAGCCCUCUUUCGUGCCCUUCAGCUCAGUUCUGGGCUAGCUGAGCAGCUUGCUGCACAGCCAGUCCUGGAAACUCCCUGUUUCAGUAACAUCAAGAUUGGCUAAUGACAGAGCAUCUGUAGCACCACUCAUGUCAAAGACCACCCUCAGAAUCCUCCUAGCUGCACCACAGUUUUGCCCUGAGCUAGCCUCCAAUAAAUUUUCAGGACUUUGAGCUAGUCAUAUGGCCAGGUUUGGACAAUCCUAAGAAUUGUGUGUGCUGGGUGAGUGGCUCAUCAUUGCCUAAUUACCUUCAUGGCACACAGCUUGCUAUACCAUCUGAUCCUGGCAAAGCGAGGCUUUUAAAACCAUCUCAGAACCCUACAUCAAGUCAUGGGUUUGGGAAUGAUUUCAAAGUCAUGUCUCACACAUCUUACCAAGUUCAACAGCACAGCAAGCCAUGCACUACAAGGAUAAUUAGGCAAAUCAGAUGGUUUGCACCCUACAUGCACAGGUGCAGGGAAAAAAGGCCACGGUGGCUUUGCUUCCUCAUGAUUGUUUGAAUCCAACCAGGAUGUCACUCAAAAUCUAGUUCAUCCUAUAAAACUAUGGCCACUCAGUAGUAAACUGUACAGGUAAAACUUUUUCCAAAAAAGUCUCCACGCAUCUUCAAUGUUAUCCACAAUUGCUCUUAUUUUUGGGGACAGUGGGCUUCCCAAUUAACUUCACUAAAGGGGGAAGCUCUGCAUGUCAUUCCCACCCACCACUGAUAAAUAGGAAAGUCCAAGGUUGUAGGAGUUCCAUGCACAUGUGGAAGCUGUCAAUCAGAUAUAGGAGACUGUCAGUCAGAAUCAAGUGCUUAUACUUUCCUCUCUUGUGUGCUCUGGUAGCACCAUCUUUUUAUGUGGGACAUGUAUGAGAAGACUCCUUAACAACUGGUAUACAUAACUUUAUCACAGAGGUGCUUACAUCAUUCUCUUUUACAUAUUUUCUCCUCGUAGUUUCCUGAUUUUAGGAAUGGCUGCAAAAAAUCCAACAUUAUUUAAGGAUUAUUUAUUAUGUAAAGAUGUUUAAACCUUGUAAAGAUCACUGCAUAGCUCUACAGUUCACUCUUGCUGCAGUUUUCUGUUCUUGUUUUACUCUUUCUUGAAAUCACGUACUUGAAUAUUUGAAAUAUUUUGUCAGUUUCCUUUUGAUAAUACAUUUGCACACAUGAAUGCAGAUAACAUUUAUAUUUCUGGUUUGCUUCUUUGUACUGUUCCUUUAAAUCUUGCUACAUAAAUGUCUAUAAAUAGGAAGAUGUGGUUUUUAAAAUAUCCAUGGGAGCAUCUGAGACUUUACUGCUUUGGCAGGAAAUUAUUUUUCUAAAAUCUGUAAACUAUUGACAGCAAAAGUGGUUCUGCUACAGCUUUUGCCAAAGGGAAGAAAAUAAUCAGUUCUCAAAUUCCCAUUGUAGAGGGUCAGAUUAAUUUCUGUGAUCUUCCCUUAAUAAAUCUGUGCCCUAAUUCAA